AUGUGUAUUUGGAUGGGAGGGUUUGAGUGGAAGCAGAGCAAACACUCUGUGAAGAAUUGAAGUCAUGGCGGUGGCGGCGAUAUCGAAGGUGGUGCUGGGCUUGGUGGCCUUCUCCGUGUUUUGGGUGCUGGCCGUGUUUCCGGCGGUGCCAGUGCUUCCGAUUGGACGGACCGCAGGCGCGCUCCUCAGCGCAAUACUCAUGGUGCUCUUCGGCGUGAUGACGCCGGAGCAGGCCUUCGCCUCCAUCGACCUCCCGAUCCUCGCGCUUCUCUUCGGCACGAUGGUAGUCAGCGCCUAUCUGGAGCGCGCCGACCUCUUCGCCCACCUCGGCACGCUGCUUUCGUGGCGGAGCAGGGGCGGAAAAGACCUCCUAUUCCGCGUCUGCCUCGUCGCCGCCGUCUCCUCCGCCUUCUUCACCAACGACACCGCCUGCGUCGUCCUCACCGCCUUCGUCCUCAAGCUCGCCCGCCGCAACAACCUCCCGCCGCGGCCUUUCCUCCUCGCUCUCGCCUCCAGCGCCAACGUCGGCUCCACCGCCACCCCCAUCGGCAACCCCCAAAACCUUGUUAUCGCCUCCCUAAGCGGCAUCACCUUCGGCAGGUUCUUGCUCGGCCUUCUCCCCGCCAUGCUCCUCGGCGUCCUCGUCAACGCCUCUAUCCUCCUAAUCUUCUUCUUCAAGGAACUGUCCGUUGACAACAACAACGACGUCGAAUCCAACAUUAAUUCGGAGUCCGCAGCCGGAGAUCCAUUCGACGAGGAGGACGUCAUAGCCCACCGCUUCUUCCCCGCCACCAUGUCCCACGUCACCUCCGUGGAUUCCGACGACUGGAUCAGAACACUCCCGUCUCUUUCUCGCGACACAUCGCUCAACGAGACGUUGAGAAACAGAGCAGGCACGAGCGCAGAGAACCCCGCAACGACGACCGAGUCAACAACGGCGGCGAACUCAACCCCGCCGCAAGAACCGGCAGCGGCAGCCGGAGACGGCAGCGAAGAGGCGGCGGCCAGACAAGGUCGAGGAAAGCGGGUGAGCCACAUGGUGAAGCGGUUCAAGAAGCACUACCUGUGGCGGACGUGCGUGUACCUAGUCACCGUCGGCAUGCUGGUGGCGCUGCUCAUGGGGCUCAACAUGGCGUGGACGGCGAUCACGGCCGCGCUCGUCCUCAUCGUCCUCGACUUCACCGACGCCCAACCGUGCCUCGAAAAGGUCUCCUACUCGCUCUUGAUCUUCUUCUGCGGGAUGUUCAUCACCGUCGACGGCUUCAACCGGACAGGAAUCCCCAGCGCCUUCUGGGACUUCAUAGAACCUCACGCUCGGGUCGAUAAACCCGGCGGAAUCGCGCUGCUCGCUCUCGUCGUCAUCUUCCUCUCCAACAUCGCCUCCAACGUACCGACAGUCCUGUUGCUCGGAUCUCGGGUGGCGGCGUCGGCAGCGAGAAUCUCUGCCGGCCAAGAAAGCAAGGCGUGGCUGAUUCUGGCGUGGGUGAGCACGGUGGCGGGGAACCUGACGCUGGUGGGAUCCGCGGCCAACUUGAUAGUGUGCGAGCAGGCUCAGCGAGUGAAGUCCAUUGGCUACACGCUCUCCUUCUUCGCGCAUCUCCCGUUCGGGUUCUUGUCGACGCUGGUCGUCACGGCCGUCGGGCUGUUGCUUAUCCGAGAGUAACCGGUGAAGAACCGAUCAUGGAAAGGAAAGGAUUACCGAAUAAAAUAUUCAUUUGGUUUGCU